GAUCCACGAAGCACUAUGUUGGUGAAUGUUGUCCACAGUGUCCACAGUGUCCACAGAGCUACAGUGGGCCCCUGCUGAAAGACCAUGGACAGAGGCCCCUGUGCGGAGUCCAGGAGCCGUGGGGGACCAUGCUGAUCACACUGUCCUACCUGUAUCUGUGGGUGCGCUUCCACCGGGGCUACGCAACGCUCCUGCGGAAUACACUGGGCAGGCUCCAGCGCACCGGCCGCCUGUCCUUCAGCUUUUGUCGGUGCCCCAGCGCUCUGCCCCGCCACACCGCUGCCCUCCCUCGUGCGGAGCCUCUGGACGAGCCUCGUGAGGAACCGGGAGUGUUCCUCCAGCUCGGGGACAAGGCGGUGUACGUGACCGAGCCGCAGGCCUGCAGUGACCUGAGCUGUUGGACUGUGCUGCACUCUUCCUCUGCUCCACUUAGGGACCACAUUUCCUUCAUCAUCGAGGCCACAGGACACAGAGCCACGCGCCGCCCUACAAAGCCCAACAACAAGGUGCUGGGGUGGUCAGAGCUGUGCGUCCCUCUGGCCCGCUGCCCUUUGACCCCGGGGCAGCCGUACAGAGCCUUGGCCCAGGCCUCAGUGGAGGACUUCAGCCGCUUGGGUGUGGCCUUCAUCGAGGACCGCCUCCAGCUGGAGGACCACCUCUGGCCCUCCAAGAUUGUCCCUGUCCUUCUGGAGGAGUCUGUUGUCAGUGCGUUGCUGGAAAAGCGUCACUCCCAGCGUUCUGAGUCCCCACAUCCCGCCCUUCCGUCCCUCCUCCACCUGUCUGUGGACGAAGCGCCCUUCCUGUGUCGCAAAGGCAGCCUCCGCCUACCCUCCGAACACCCACCCCGCCUGGACGAACGCCGUGGGUCUUUGCCUCUCCACGGCCCCCCUGACCUGUCUCUUCUGUGCGACUCGGGCAGCCAGCAGCACAUGGAGGAGCACGGGCAUCACCUGCACCUGUCUAGCUGCCAUGAGUGCCUGGAGCUGGAGAAUAGCACCAUCCUUUCAGUGAAGUAUGCCUCUGUGGAGAACCUCCCAGAGCUUCCAGACGACAGCUCCGCACUGGACUCGGGAGGGGACAUCUUGGAGGACAACUUUUCCAAUACGGGCGUCGACAUCAACUCCAUACCGCCCAAUGUCCUGGUGUACACCGGAGGGAGCGAGCCAUGUUUUCAGAGCAUUCAAAAAGUGUUAUCAAAAUGCAUAAAUAUGAACAACUACAUGAUAUACCAUCUGACGACAGCACAAGCCCUGAGCGAUCCCUGGCUGGACAACUGCCGUCUGCUGGUGGUAGCCGAGGACGCGGAAGAGGAGGGUCUCUCGGCUCAUCUCCAAACCCGGUUCCUGACUUACCUGAGCGGGGGCGGCAGGGUGCUGGGGCUGGCCUCCCGCCUGUGCCCUGCAGGUGUCUCCCUACGGUGUCAGGAAGGUGGUGAGGGCGAGGGGAGGCUGGGCACUCUGAGCUUCACCCGGGAGGACAGCAGCACUGUGCAGCUACGGGUGCAGACCAGCGGGCGUGUGUACAUGAGGGAUGCACAGGGAGGAGGAGAGGUGGAGCUGUGGGGUGAGCUGAGCGGGGGGCAGAUGGUCAUUGUCCGGGUGACACACGGAGAUGACGGGGGAGAGGCCGUGCUCUGUCAGGUUCACCUGGAGAAGUCUACAGACCACCUCACCCUGACGUCAGCAGGUGUGGAGCAGCACAAUAAGCAGCCUGUAGAGCAGUCCAUAGAUGGUGAGAAGCUUCGUCUGGAGGUCCUAGAGGAGAUUCUGAGCUCUCUGGGUCUGAGCUGUGAGCCCAGUGUGGCCCCCUCCCCCAGCCCCGUGCAUCUGCUGUCCACUUCCACGGAAGCCAAGAGUCGGUUUGUGAAGCUGCUGAGGAGCCGAGCAGAUGACACGGGCCUGAUGCAUCUGCCUAAAGUCUCCCUCAGAAUGGUGUCUUGCUCAGAGGCCGAGGCAGAAUCGAACCCUGCAGAGGGCCCUGUGCUGCUGGUGUGGGACAGCUCCAAUGCCCCCUGCCCACAGCACUUCAAUCUGCAGACGUACCAGUCCCAUCUGACGAGCAGGCUGCUGGGGAGAACACUCCUGUAUGCUGAGGUGGUCUCCUCCACCAUGGACCUGCUGGAGGGGUUGAACCUGCAUGUCCCUGGUGAUGUGGGUCUGGUGGCAGUGGCAGCUCGUCAAAGCCACGGCAGAGGCCGCAGCAAGAAUGGGUGGCUCAGUCCUCUGGGCUGUGCCAUGUUCACAGUCUGCCUGCAGGUGGAACUGUCCUCUCCUCUGGGCCAGAGGAUUCCCUUCCUGCAGCACCUGAUGGCCCUGGCUGUGGUGGAAGCUGUGCGCACUCUUCCUGGUUAUGAGGAGUUAGACCUGAGAGUGAAAUGGCCUAAUGACAUUUACCACGGCAGCGGGCUGAAGCUGGGCGGAGUCCUGGUUACCUCCACUGUGCUGGGCUCCACCUUUCACCUGCUCGUAGGAUGUGGUUUCAAUGUGAGCAACAGCAGCCCUACUAUGUGCAUCAACGACCUGAUCCAUAGGCACAACCAGGAGCACGGAGGGAGCCUGGAGCUCCUGAGCUCUAGCCAGCUCAUUGCACGCUCGCUCAGCCUCCUGGAGCACCUCAUCAGCCUCUUCCAGAGAGAGGGGCCAGAUGCCAUCCUGCCUACGUACUAUAGCCGCUGGCUUCACAGUGGGACACAGGUGCGUCUGUGGAGUGAGGAGGGGCCCGAGGCACAGGUGGUGGGCCUGGACCAUAAUGGCUUCCUCCAGGUGCACUGCCCUGAGCGCGGCCUGCUCUCCCUGGAGCCCGAUGGUAACUCCUUCGACAUGCUCAAGAACCUGCUGGUCAUGAAGCAGCACUGAGAACGACCAGAGACAGGCCUCGCCUACCAAGAAAGAGGCCACUCCCACCGGACACUGGGACUCUGGGAAUAGUUUAUUUUUCUAUCAUAACAGUACACAAAAGAAACCACAUACACUGGCCCAAACUCUGUCCCCAACAGUAACCAGUUUAUUUACAGGUGCACUAUGAAUGACAGCCCUUUUGUGUCCCAUGAGAUUGCUCACCCAUAGUGCCACUCAGCACUAUGACUUGAGCAGCUAGGACUCUUGCUUCACAGCAAGAAGGUCCUUUGUCGCCCAGGCCUUUUUAUGGUGUUUCUGACCAUGGAAAAUUUGUCCUGACCAAGACUAGUUCAAGAUGGAGGUGAGAAUACUGCACUACAACGCAUUGAAGGAUGGGUCAAAUGCAGAGUAUAAAUGUUCCUAAUUAAUUAAAUUAAUUAAUUAAAUAAAUAAAGGUGUCAUUUUAAUUAUUUUAAUACCAUACUGUGGAACAUUCCAGGGAAGGCAAUAAAAUCUCCUUGAAGACAAGCAGGUGAUGGACCAUCCACCUGAUAGUUACAUAGUGCAUCUUUAAUGUCAUACUUACUGCACAAAAUGGCAGCCCUGUCCCAGACAUGCAGCACUUCCAUAUGACAGCCUGCAGAAGUGAGGCUUAUGACUAUAGUCAUAUUGUGUACAUUUCCUUUUUUAUAAAUAGAAUAUGCAUAACAUAUAUAAAUUAUGUUAAUAUGUUAAAAGUGUGUAUAGUGAGGUUUUCUGUAAUUCCUAUGUAUGAGAGUUAUUGAUCAUUGAUUUUUAUCACAUUGUUUAUUUGUCAGAUGCAAUAAACAAGAGUAAUUUGGAACAUGUCUAAUGAAGUUUGUAAGCGCUGAUGUUGACAUAAGGAAACUGGAAAUGUGAGUAAUUUGUCAGAUAAAAUAUAUUUUGUGUACAGU